AGAAGCGCAUGCGCAGAUAGAGGUCACUGCGUUAGCAGAUUUUAAGAGGUUAACACGUGGAAAUUUUAGAAACUUAUUAUUGAAAGUUUUUAAUAUAUUCUUCUUUAAUUGGAUUUAUUAUUAUGUUCAAUGGAUGAACAGUGAUCAGCAACGUUUGCUGUUAUAGGUCCUUGAACAUUAUUAAGACUGACGACUGCGGUCGAGGUCGUUCUUGUGACCACAGUGUGACUGUCUAAAUGUCCGACCGUAAUGGCGGAUGAAAAGGAAGAACAUUCCAAAAUGGAAAGACAUUCUUCAAAUGACAGUAGAUUGCUUCAUUUUUAUGAAGUAAAUCAAGAACACUGCAACAAUGAUAAAGCUUCCAAUGAUGAAAUAGUUUAUGAAGCUAGACUUGAAAAUGUAGACAAUUUGUCCGUAGGGGGCGGAGCUCCAUUGUCACAUGUGUCAAUCAACCAAAUACCGGAUGUUGACAAACAAUGUCCGGAUAUGUAUCAACUGCUGAUACAGACACAAUUACUUACGCAAGCUUUGUUGAACAACCAAAGAACUGACACACCAGUGCAGAAAAAGACACAUGGCAAACGUACAUGUACUGUCACUGCCGGUGAUGACGUACAUGUAAGACCGUCAAGUUCCAAAAAACAAAGAUGUGAAAGUGGUCACGGACAGGGAUCACGAGUACAAUCUGAGUCUUUAGCACAAAAUUAUGUAAAAGAACUAGAAGAACUGUGUCAGUCUCAAGACCACAAACAGAACCAAAGGGAAACAAGCCCUUAUUCUGAUGUAUCGAGUGAAGAUGAGUCAGAAAGCUCAAAUUCAGACAUUGAACUUGACGAACAAGAACAACCAGAAGUUCACAGUCGCACUCCAAGUAUUCAUACUUCUAAUACAAAGAAUGACACUAUGUCUGUUAUUGAAGAUAUGAAAGGCUUCAUGGUAACUGAAGAGAAAGCUGGUCCAAAGAUAAAUGAUGAACUGGCAUCUGUUGUCAAUGAUGGCUUGAGAAAGAAGGCCAAGCAAAACAAAGUUGAUGAGCUAACCAAAAAGUAUGCAAAGCCAGAAAAUGUACACAGUUUGACAGUCCCAAAAAUUAAUUUGGGUAUAUGGUCACAGAUGUCAGUACCUAACAGAAUGAAUGACGUUAAACUUCAAAAAAUUCAAAACUUAUUGGGUAAAGCAGCGUGUCCUAUGCUUUACUUAAUGGACUUGUUUCUGUCUAAAUCACAAACUAAUGAUGGACUGUCUAGAGAAGAAGUACAGUCUGCAACGCAACUUUGUAAAGACGCAUAUCAGAUGACACAAGUGACUUAUGCAGACAUAACUUUCAGAAGAAGAGCUUUGAUACAAGCUGAAAUUCAACCCAAAUAUAAAGCUUUGUGCAAGGAUGAUGUUCCAGUAACUGAUUUUCUCUUUGGAAAUGACAUCAAAGAUAAAGUCAAAGAAAUGGAUGCUGAAUAUACAGUUGGAAAGAAACUGGGCAAAACCAAUUUUAAAAUUGGAAAGAAAUCACACGAUGACAAGAAAACUUUUAAGAAACCAUAUGUACAUGUACCAAAACGUCAUUUUGACAAAACAUCAAACAAGAAAGAUUUUUUAGGGAAACCAACUUACAAAAAGAAAAAGUUCAAAAAGAAGCUCCAAGAGCAGGACAAGAAGUUCCUAUAAAAUCACCAA